GUCGAAAAGUAUAAGAAGGCUCCUUGGACACGUCGAGGACCAGACUCUCCCAGCAACUUGAAUCCAACACAGCUACAGCUCUUGAACAACAACUCCCAAUCUUACCAUCAUGAAGUCCUUCAUCACUGCCGCAACCAUCACUGGCUUUGCCGCCCUCGCCCAUGCCGCCGUCCCUGGCUUUGAUGUUUCCGCCUACCAAGAGAACAUUGAUUUCUCCAAGGCCUAUUCUGAUGGCGACCGCUUCGUGAUCAUCAAGGCCACUGAAGGCACAACGUUCAAGAGCAGCCAGUUCAGCUCGCAGUACAUUGGUGCCACCGACGCUGGUCUGAUUCGCGGCGCAUACCACUUUGCUCAACCUGCCUCCUCCUCAGGAGCUGCACAGGCCGAGUACUUUGCCGCCAACGGCGGUGGAUGGUCAGGCGACGGCAUCACGCUGCCCGGUGCCCUCGACAUUGAGUACAACCCCAACGGCGCUACGUGCUACGGACUCUCGGCCGCUGCCAUGGUGGACUGGAUCGAAGACUUUGUGACCACCUACGAAUCGCAGACAGGACGGUGGCCGCUCAUCUACACGACUCUCGACUGGUGGACCACAUGCACGGGCAACUCGCCCAACUUUGCCGACCGCUGCCCGCUCUGGCUCGCUCGCUAUGCCAGCUCGGUGGGCGAUACGCCCGCUGGCUGGGACUAUGCCACCAUCUGGCAGUACAAUGCCAACUACCCCCAGGGAGGUGACUCGGACACGUUCAAUGGUGAUGAGUCGCGUCUUGUUGCCCUGGCGACGGGCGAAGCAUAAGAAUUUCGUGAUGCGGUGUGUAGAUAUUUGCAGGUCGAUAUUAUAACCAUUUUCUCCCUCCCAC